UCGGUGCAAAGCUGUAUAAUUAUGGAAGCACUCUAUUGGUAUAUUAGACGGCACAUCGGUUAUAACAUUUCUCUGCAAUGGCUGUAUAAAGAUGGAAACCUCUUACCAAUAAUAAUAAUAUAUUUCUGUAUGAUAACAAGGAAAAAGCUAUUAAGAGAGCAACAAUGUUCAAUGAAGCUACUGUCUCCUCAGGUCACCAAUUCUUUACUCUUCACCAUCAACUCGCUUCCAAUUCAGCACUGAACUCGGUCACUGCUUUUUCAUCUAAGGUUCAUAUUUGUGCUGAAUGGUGGUGGCAAUGGGUUCAGCUUGCUUCCAAUGGUACUCUGUAUCAAAGUGCCAAGGGAUAUGAUUUUAAGUCAGUUGCAGAAAUUCUUACAGUUAAGAAGACUUCAGAAACAUUAAAUCCAUCACACAAAGAUAGUGUGAAAAAGGCCCUUGAUCUCAAGGAAGCAGAAGCAGAAACCAUUUUUAAAGAAUUGAUCAGUGAAGAAAGUAUGGAUGAACAUAACUCCUCACUGAUUCAAUUUCACAUUAGAUUGUUGGCUUUGAUUGUAAGCAAUUCGAAAAAAGAGUCUCCAUCCUUCUCAACCAAGAAUGAAACUAAUUCAUGGUUGAAACAUUUAGAGGAUUUGAUUAUGCAAUCAUAUCAUCUAAAUGAUUUCCCUGUGGAUUGGUUUCAAGAAGGCAUCAGUGGAUACUAUAAAUUGGAUUUGUGUAAAAAGUUUAAACUGAUGACUCUUCUUUGUGACGAAGCUUUGAACACUCAAAAACUAAGGAGUUAUAUUCAGGACGAAAAUUCAAGGCAUGCAAAAGUAGUGAAAGAAACAAAACUUAAGAUUGCUGCAGCUAAAGAAAAGAUAAAGUGUCUUGCACAAAAGUUGCAGAAUGAGAAUGCCAAAGUGUCCUCCAUUCCAGGGGAGGAGCAUGAUGCUCAUAUAAAGAUAAGAACUGAGGUUGACGAAGCACACAUUGAGAUGUUAAGGUUAAAGAGCACAGACAAAAGUGGAUGUGAUGCCACGAGAAUCAAUCCAGAGUUUGUGGACAACAAUGGGAUGACAUUUUGGAAGUUACAAAGUUACAAUGAUGAAUCGGUUCUUCUGCUGCAAGUUUUCUAAAAGAAAGCAUCAAUGCAGAUAUGAAGAUACAAGAUGAAACUGCUACUUUACCUGAAGAAAACUGGUUUGUUUACGGUCUUCCAGAGAAGGACGAGAUUGAUAAAUAUAUAUCUUCAAGGGCUAAAAGACUUAAGAGUCUCAAUUCUCAAAAAAGUUUGUAGGAGUUUAUGUUUAAUGUUAAUUGUUCUUAAUAGCAUAAUGCUGGCAAAAACCCUCAUUCCAUAUGGGUCUUCUUUCAGUGGAGUAAUGGUUUCGGUGGAAAUCUCCUUUGUUUUUGGACUCAAGGGACCUUCAUUAUUGUAAUCAUUGUAUAUAACUUUUUUGUAUUUUACUUUAGUGGUAUACGAAAUGAAAUUAUUAUUUUUUGUAA